AUGGAUAGUACUUGGGAGAAAUAUCAACGUAAAGUAUUCACAUCCAAAGGAACUUCUGAACGCAGCCUAGUGUUUAUAUGCAGGCUUCCAACCAAAACCGGUCUUCGUUUCUCAGGCGAUCACGAACCUGUGAAGGUGAAACUGCCAGCCCAAUGCACCGUGCAUCAGCUCCGUCUACACCUCUGCAUGACUGUACAGGAGACCAACAGACUUCAAGACCCAUUGGCGCUGCUCGAUCCUGAAAAGUAUAGUCUACUGUACACAAAGGGAGACGACCAGUAUGAGAUUUAUGACGAUUAUCAGGUGUUACAAACACUGGACACACCCUGGUUCCAGGACAAAGAAGGACAGGCAGUGUGGAUCACAGUCUUGGCAAAGCAGGAUAACCCACAGGAAAGACAGAGUUACCAUUUCAUUCUGGAUGAAUUAAUUGGAUAUGAUUUAGACUCUGCAGCAGGCAAUCGCCUAAGUGAACUGAGUUUCACUCGCAGAAAGUUUGCCACGCCACGUAAGGAAGAACUUAAAAAGAGGGAUACUGUUGCUUAUGCCACCGAGCCCUGGACAACUUCUGCGCCAAUCGCAAAAGAUCAACAAGAUCAGAUUAAACGCAAGCUUCUAGUUACUCUACAUUAUGAAAACAUGGUUUUAAACAAUCAAGCCGAUAUGCACAUGACUCCUAGUGAUUUUCUUAAAGUCAUUUGGGAAUCAUCGUCUUUAAAGGAUCAGUGUUUUAAAAAGUGGUCAGGUAAUUAUAUUCUCAAAAUCUGUGGCAGAGAAGAGUUCAUGUGUGGCGACUUUCAACUUUCAGAGUUUCUCUGGGCCAGACAUUGUCUGAAAAACAUGAUUGAGCUUCAUCUGAUGGUGGUUCCUCUUGCAUCACUUCCAGACGAUACAGUCAGAAAGGAACAUUGGCUGCAGGUUGACAGUCUCACGGGUCUCUCAAGUUCCCAUGAAGAAAUCUCAAUCGAGGGCAAAGAAACUGAAGAGAUCGUAAUGAUCUCACUUUGGGACUGCAAAAGGAACUUAAGGGUGAAGCUUGUUGGGUUUGAUAUGCCCGAAUUGCCGAUGAAAAGCCCUCAACAUGUUUACGUAGAUGUUGCAAUUAUUUAUGGGAGCAAGGUUGUGUCAUCAGUUUGUUCUUCAUCGAAGGACUUUGCAGACGAGGUUCUGUGGAACAUAUGGUUAGAGUUUGACAUACCUCUCAAAGAUAUUCCUUCCGGAGCUAAACUAGGGUUCACUAUCAAUUCCAGCAGCAUAGAUACGUCCCCCACUAAAGACCUCAAGUCCCCUGCUGUUGGAAACAAGGAUUCAGAUUUUCUCAAAGGUAAAGGAAAAGUCUUAUAUUUUGCCAACUUUCAGUUGAUUGACCACAGGUCUCUCCUCAGCCAAGGAUCACACACAUUGCACAUGUGGCCUUAUGUUGAACAGGAAGAAGAAGGAUUUACCUAUGAAGCAGAUAAACUCUCCACCGCAACCAAUCCUGAUGUGGCGAAAUCCAUGGCCAUCACAUUUUUGCUGGAGCGCUACAGCUUUCCGGUUGUCCUACCCCAGAACAGGACGUCAUCUCAUUCAACAGACCCCGGCUCACCUACGCACACUCCUGGAUCCAGCCACUCCUUCUCGCCAGACAGGAACUCAUUGAAAAGAUUCAGAGAAGAAAGCGUUCGCUAUGCAUCAAACCUUCCUCAGUUUCUGCGCAGAGUAGACUGGUUGAAGCCGUGUGUCGUUCAGGACGUUCACUGGCUUUUGGGGCACUGGGAGCCUGAAGACUUGGAAUUGCACGUGGCUUUGGAGCUGUUGAGUGUUAAAUACACAGACGAGAAGGUUAGGAGAUUGGCUGUGCAAAGGUUGGAACUGAUGUCAAAUGAGGAAGUACUGAGAUAUCUACUGCAGCUGGUCCAGACUCUGAAGGUAGAACCAUACCAUGACAGCUGUCUGGCAAGAUUUUUAAUCCAAAGGGCACUUCGGAGCAAGCGAGUUGGACACUUCUUCUUCUGGUACUUGCGAAGUGAAGUGGCAGGUUGUCCAUUUUUCCGCCAGCGUAUGGCGGUCAUACUGGAAGCUUACCUCCUGGGCUGUGGUGAGUCCAUGCUAGCAAGUUUCCAGCGGCAAGUUCAAGUUGUCAUGAUCCUACGUGAUGUGGCAAUCAAGGUGAAAACACUCUAUCCAGAAAGAUCAUCUCUCUCACCUUCAGCUGCCCAAAAACUACAAGACAUAUUACAGGAGUAUAGUUUUCCUCCUGACUUCCAGGUGCCCUUUGAUCCGAGAAUAAAAGCUGGUACACUCCUUCUUAAAGAAUGUAAAGUCAUGUCAUCCAAGAAAAAGCCUCUUUGGCUGGAGUUCUCCAGUAUGGAACCAACAGGUGCUCCAGUUGGCAUCAUUUUUAAGCAGGGUGAUGAUCUCCGACAGGAUAUGCUCAUCAUUCAGACACUGAUGGUGAUGGACUCGAUUUGGCAGGAAAAUUGCCUGGAUCUCAAUCUGAUGCCCUAUGGCUGUAUAUCAACAGGGUAUCAAAUAGGUAUGAUCGAGAUUGUGAGAGAUGCAGUUACCAUUGCUGCAAUUCAGAGAAGUCAAGGUGGAACAACGGGUGCUUUUAAAAACAAUGCUUUGUUUGAGUGGCUUAGGGGACAGUGCACCCUACAGGAGAAGCAUUAUCAAGCAAUGGAGAAGUUUGUCACCUCAUGUGCCGGAUACUGUGUGGCCACCUAUGUGUUGGGCAUUGGUGACCGCCACAAUGACAACAUCAUGAUUACAGACCAAGGAAAUUUGUUCCACAUUGAUUUUGGGCACAUCCUGGGCAACACCAAGAGUUUCUUAGGUGUGAGUAGAGAGAGGGUCCCAUUCGUCCUCACUCCUGACUUUCUAUACGUCAUGGGUAGAGUGAAAGGCCAGCCAAGCCUCUACUUCUCAAGGUUUAAGGACACUUGCAUCCAGGCUUAUUUGUCCCUGCGCUCUCAGUCUCGUCUGCUGGUGACGCUCUUCUCUCUCAUGCUGCUGACGGGGAUCCCCGAGCUAAGCACAUCACAGGACAUGCGCUACCUACGCAACGCACUACAACAAGACCAAAACGAGGAGGAGGCACGGCAGCACUUCCUGCAACAGAUCGCUCUGUGUGAGCAAAAAGGAUGGACUGUACAGGCUAAUUGGUGGAUCCAUUUAAUGGCUGGCAUUAAAUAA